AUGAGCCGCACAUUCCAGCUUCCACCCCGCGUCGCGGGCGACGACGAGAUUGAGCAGCUCAAGGAUGACCUUCCGGACGCCGAAAGCGAUCUCGAUCACAGUGGCAGUCCGAGUGGAGGCUAUUUCAACCCCUACUCGCACGGUCGCAAGCCAAGCCAAGGUACCUCGAUGAGCCGCAACAGCUCCUCGGGCGACCUCACCGGCUCGUAUUCGCAACCACACCUCUCGUCAAGCGGGCACGAGUCGCCGCACGGCAUGCGCCACAGCCGCUCGGGCUCGUACGAGACCUUCAUGGCCAACACGGCCAACUUUGCCACCUCGUCGGCGCAGUCGCACACGAGCGUCAUGACCCCCGCUGCGGGUCUGUACGAUGCUUCGACCAACACGUCGCUAGCGCACGUAGCGUUGAAGUACCGCAAGCCCUUUGCACAGCGCGUGCUACGGGAGGACGAGACACCCGAGAAGCCGUGGUUGGAGACCAAGAGGCGCAAGACGCACAGCCGCCGCUCCUACUGGAUCUUCAUCUUUGGUCUUUCGUUCGGUCUUGCUGGCGCAGCGCUGCUGAUGUACUUUGCCUACGCGGCUGUGCCCAAGGGCAAGUACUGCCUCGUUCUCGACGAGCAGUUCGAGGGCACGACGAUCAACAAGGACAUCUGGUUCCACGAGCAAGAGACCGGUGGGUUUGGCAACAACCAGUUCGACUGGACCACCGAUUCCGCCAAUAACUCGUUCGUCCAAGACGGAAAGCUCUACAUUGUCCCCACCCUCACCUCGGACGCUCUGGGCGAAGGCGCCAUUACCAAUGGCUACACGCUCAACCUGACCGAGUCCAACCUGUGCACUGCUUCCAACAAGACCGAUGCCAGUUGUGCGGUGCGCUCCAACUCGACCACGGGUGUUGUCCUUCCUCCCAUCCAAUCGGCGCGAUUGAUGACCAACUUUUCGCGCUCGAUCAAGUACGGCAAAGUCGAAGUGAAAGCCCGCAUGCCUACUGGCGACUGGAUCUGGCCGGCGAUCUGGAUGAUGCCCAAAGACUCGGUCUACGGCUCAUGGCCCCGUUCCGGUGAGAUCGACAUCUUCGAAGGUCGCGGCAACGUCCCCACCAAACGCAAGGAUCUCGGCACCAACGUCAUGUCCUCUUCCCUUCACUUUGGUCCCAACAGCCUGUUCGAUGGCUACGGCUAUGCGACCAAGAUGCGCGAUCUUUGGCGCAACUGGUUCAACCAGGGCUCGCACACCUUUGGUCUCGAGUGGACCGAAGAUGCGCUGUGGACCUGGGAACACUCGCCGAUCUUCCGCAACCUCGAUGUCAAGUUCGGCGAUGGGUUCUGGAAGCGCGGACAGUUCCCGAGCCAGAUGGCCAACGGUACGCUGUUGAGCAACCCCUGGGCGAAUGUUCAGGGUGAACACAGCAACGCCGCACCUUUUGAUCAGGAGUUUUACCUUAUCCUGAACGUCGCUGUUGGUGGCACGAACGGGUACUUCAAGGACGGUCAGGGUGACGAUAAGCCGUGGUCCAACGACGCCGAGAACGCCGCAGGUCAGUUCUGGCAGAGCAAGGACAAGUGGCUCCCCACCUGGCCUACCGACCCCAAGCAGCGCGGCAUGGAGAUCGAGUACGUCAAGAUGUGGCAGAAGUGCUGA